GCAUUCCCUGCUCCCUCUGGAACGAUCCUCACUCGGUCCCGAGUGCACAGAGGUGGGGGGCACUUUGGGAUGCCUCUGGGGCACUUCUUGCCCUCAGAGGUGCUUAGAGAUGUGAAGCUGCUGGAGAAGAAUUCCGUGGAUCCUUGAGGAAUUUUUUUUUGCUUUUUGUUUUUUGUUUUUUUCUCCCACCCCCCCUCGUCCCCAACAAGAAACAGUUCCUGGACACUGUGGAGAGCUGGUGGCCUUGUCAAGGUCGUGUUGAUCAUGGACAGUGAAGAAAUCCCAACUUUCUCGAGUCCAAAGGAGGAAACUGCAUAUUGGAAAGAGCUUUCCUUGAAGUACAAACAAAGCUUCCAGGAGGCUCGUGAAGAGCUGGCUGAAUUCCAGGAGGGAAGCAGAGAAUUAGAAGCAGAGUUGGAGGCACAGCUAGUGCAGGCUGAGCAGAGGAACAGAGAUUUGCAAGCAGAUAACCAAAGACUGAAGUAUGAAGUGGAAACAUUAAAGGAGAAGCUGGAGCACCAGUAUGCCCAGAGUUACAAGCAGGUGUCCCUGCUGGAGGAUGACCUGAGCCAGACCAGGGCCAUCAAAGACCAGCUGCACAAAUACGUGAGGGAGCUGGAGCAGGCCAAUGAUGACCUGGAGCGUGCAAAGAGGGCAACAAUAGUUUCAUUGGAAGACUUUGAACAGAGGCUGAACCAAGCUAUUGAGAGAAAUGCAUUUUUAGAAAGUGAACUGGAUGACAAGGAGUCACUGCUGGUUUCUGUACAGAGAUUAAAGGAUGAAGCAAGAGACUUAAGGCAAGAGCUGGCAGUGAGGGAAAGGCAGCAAGAGGUGACCCGAAAAUCAGCUCCCAGCUCUCCCACUCUGGACUGUGAGAAGAUGGAUUCAGCUGUCCAGGCCUCUCUCUCCUUGCCAGCCACACCUGUUGGAAAAGGAUCAGAAAAUAGUUUUCCUUCCCCAAAAGCUAUACCAAAUGGGUUUGGUACCAGCCCACUUACUCCUUCAGCCAGAAUAUCUGCACUCAACAUUGUGGGAGACCUGCUACGGAAAGUGGGGGCCUUAGAAUCCAAAUUAGCUGCUUGCAGGAACUUUGCCAAGGACCAGGCGUCACGGAAAUCCUACAUUUCAGGGAACGUCAACAGCGCCGUGAUGAGCAGCAAUGGCACCAAGUACCCACACCCAGGGCACACCUCCUUCUUCGACAAAGGGGCGGUGAACGGCUUUGACCAAGGUCCCCCCGGGCUGGGAGCCUCCCGACCGUCCUCGGCGCCGGGAAUGCUCCCCCUGAGCGUAUGAGCCGCGGGGGGGAGCGCUUGGACUUGUGUUCGCUUUUCUCGGCCCAGCAAGAGAAGAAGAACUGCUCCCGCUCCCUCCCCCUUCCCACCCCGCCGGAACAUGACCCCGAGAGGAGACCCCGAGCCCACGGCCCUCCCCGUCCUGUCAAUACAGUUUGUUUUCUCUGUCGCUGUA